GGCACCUCACCCUGCUCGGCGGGCUGGUCCAGCCUACUGCACGGUCCAUUGUUCGGCGAUUGAUAGGCUGGCAGCCUGAGAGAGAUGAGAGAGACUGGGGGACGGGAAUGCCCCAUUCAUACUCUACCCACAUCUAUACGCAUUGUAACUCCAUCAGUAAAGGCAUACUGCCGAUCUGCUCAUGUAGCCUAAAAUCCAGACAAAUAGAAAGAUAAGCGUCUCGGUUUUGGGCCACAUGGGAUAGAUAGCCUAAUCGCUCUUUGAGAUUAUUUAGUUUAUUUUUUUUAUUGUAGGCCUAUGCACUGAAUCGCCCGGGGGCUGUUUUUUUUCUUCUUUGGUCACGUUGACCGUUCAUUUAUCCAGAACACGCACUUCACUCGUUCUGUUCCGCUUCGAAAAUGGAUUUCCGACUCUCUUUUCUCAAUGUCCCGCUGUUCGUCCUCUCCACGCUCGCUGCCCUGUCGUGGACUUCGCGGCCCGUGUCAGCGGGGAAGAGUUGCAGCGACACGCGGCAGGUGUAUGCAGAGAAAGGCUACAGUACCAAUACUGCUCCUCUGACUCAAAUCUCCGGUGAGCACCUGCGGUUGUGUCCCCAGGACUACACCUGCUGUUCGAGUCAGAUGGAGGAGACUCUGUCCCUGCAGAGCGAGAGAGACUACCUCAAAGCCAUCGAAGACACCAGCCAGUUUCUCUCCACCACCUUCACCCAGAGACACCGCAAGUUUGACGAGUUCUUCAAGGAGAUCAUAGAUCUGUCGGAGAAGUCCAUGAACCAGAUGUUUACCACGACGUAUGGAAGACUGUUCACCCAGAACGUCCGGGUGUUCCAGGAACUGUUUUCAGAACUUCGCAAAUACUAUUCCGGGGGCAGCGUAAGCCUAUCGGAGGUCCUGUCUGACUUCUGGUCCAGCCUGGUGGAGCUGGUGUUCUCCCUGGUCAACCCCCAGUACCAGUUCAACGAUGACUACCUGGAGUGUGUCACCAAACACGCAGAGCAGCUGCAGCCGUUUGGCGACAUGCCCCGCAAGCUACGCGUUCAAGUCUCCAGAGCCUUCAUCGCAGCCAGGGCCCUAUCUCAAGGCCUGGCCACUGGCCGCGACAUCGUCAACAAAGCCACCAAGCUGAGCGCCGGUUCGGAGUGCGCCCGGGCCCUGAUGCGCCAGUGGUACUGCCCGCUGUGCCGGGGCGUGCCCACGCUGCGGCCCUGCCACUCGCUGUGCCUCAACGUGAUGAAGGGCUGCCUCGCCAACCAGGCCGACCUCGACACCGAGUGGAACAACUUUGUCGAUGCCUUGUACCAGGUGUCUGAGAAGCUGGAGGGCCCGUUCAACAUGGAGCUGGCUGCUGAGUCCAUCUCCGUCAAGGUGUCGGAGGCCAUCAUGCACAUGCAGGAGAACAGCGUCAGCAUCUCAGCCAAGAUCCCAAUGACCAGAGGUUUGUCUCCCAGACUGUGGACCAACAGCCUGUGUCAGCAUCAGCUCAGCUGGGAGAACCUGUGGCUCUCCAGUGCUCUAUUACCUCCCAGAGGACGGACCACAGUAACCAGUGCCAAGGGGAACCCAAGCUGUGUCUACACUCUCCCCAAGAACAAUGUAGACUCCUCUGAUGCUGGGACCUACUACUGUGCCCUGGCAGCAUGUGGGGAAGUUGUGUUUGGAAAUGGAACCCAGCUGGACAUACCAGGAACACUGGGUGCUUCCUACUCUGUCCCACACGACUCAGUGAUUCAGGAACCACAGGACGGGAAAACUGAUUCCUUGAACUACGCAGCGUUGGAGUUCUCUGGCAGGAAAACCAGAGGAAGGAAGAAGAACAGUGAAAGGACCCAGAAGAGUCUGCUGGCCGCCAACAAACUGAGACCAGUGCAGGCUGGACAGGACACUGACUUCAUGGACAGUGAGGGUGGCAGUGGAUCCGUGGGAGGAGACAGAGGAGGGAGGUACAAUGAUGAUUGGCCAGGCUAUUGGCCUAACUCCCGCCUUACAACCAACCCUCGCAACUCCUCCUCCAACCCUGCCAACAUCUCUCGUGUGCGAGGUGGCUCAAUGUGGAUUGGAAUGAGAACGGUGGCUCACGUUCUCCACACUCCCUCUAUAGUCUUUGAUGGUCUCUGUCUCCCCCUUGUGGAGAUAACCGGUUAUUUGAUCACAUUGGUCAAGGGUCUCAUGGGAUGCCGAUUGCCAGUUGGUCACACCGCCAAUGCAUGA